AAUGUGUGAUUCUCUGGACAGUUAACCCAUUAAAAGGCAUAAAAGUGCAUCGAAUUUGGGUUGUCAAGGACAUUUCAGGAAAAUUUCAGAAUUCCGUUUAUAAUGACUCUUUUGUCAAAAGAUUUCUUCCAUGGGCUGAUUUUGGUGAAAUUAUCGGUAAAGCUA